UGGGGGGGUUUUCCGUGACCGUCCUGCGUGGGAAAAGGGGCGUUUCCCGGAACAUUUAUAAAAAGAGGAGCAACGCUUGUAGUCGGGCAAAAAGAGCUCAGGCGCCGGGCUGCGUGUGGAUCUAGCGGCAGCAACCAGGCUUUCAAAUUAUUCCAUUUCAAUUUCCACUUGGCUACAUUCGGACCGUCUCCCGAGCAGGCGCCUUUCUCUGAGUUUGAGUUCCGCCUCGAUCAUCAUGCAGCGAUCUUUCGUCUUUUUCCUCGUUGCUUUGGGCUCCUGGGCUUUUGAAAAAGGAUUCGCAGAGGAAGACUUUGUGAGGAUUUGGCCAGAAAAUCCUGUGGUGCAAUUCGGAGGUUCACUUCAGAUAAACUGCAGCGCCAAUACUGAAGCAGAUGCGAUUGGACUUGAAACCGUCUUCAGAAAAGAAAUCAUUGGAACUGGAUCCAAUUGGAAAGCCUUCCUUGUCACCAACAUCAAUGACUGGAAUACUAACUCAUUGUGCUAUGCUGAGGAAUCCCGCGCAAAACCUGCAAAAACAACCAUUACCGUUUACAAAUCUCCAGCGAGUAUUGAACUGGAUCCAAUACCAGAAAUGGAAGUGGGCAAGCUGUAUAACUUCACAUGUCGGGUUUUUGGUGUAGCCCCCAUCCAUGAUCUCACGGUGACCUUGCUGAAAGGGGAAGAGCAAGUUCUGGUAAAGACCUUUCAGGAUCACACUGAGCCUGCAGCUGGUGCAGUUGUGGUGAACCAUCACAUAAGAGCUGAGCAAAAUGACUACAACAAGACAAUCACCUGCCAAACAUCUCUGGAUGUGAGACCAAGAGGACCACUCCUGAAAAACACCUCCCAUGGCAUAUCAUUAUGGACUUUUGAUUUUGCAAAGGCUCCCCUGCUCCACGCUGGCCUGUUCUUAGAAGCUGGGACUCUGAUGAAAGUGACGUGUGAUGCACCUGAGGUUUCCCCAGCCAAAGAGGCCGUGUUUGAUCUGUGGUUUGCAGGGAAACCUCUGACCUUCAACACCACUGUGAUGGGGGGCUUGGCAAGUGCCCAGGCUGUGAUAGCCUCUUCCUCAGUUGGAGAUCAUGAGUUGAUCUGCACAGUCUCUCUGGGGCCAGUGACCAAAAAUGUGACAAAGACGGUGAACGUGUUUGCUUUACCAAAGCCCAUCUUGCAAAUUGGCAGUUCAGAAGCUGUCGUCGGUCAAACAGUGAACAUUACAUGUAGUGCUGAUGGCAGUGCUUCCCCUGGUUUUAAAAUGCAGAUCAAGGAUGCUGCCAAAAUAUUAGCAUCUGGCAACGUAGAUGAACAUUUCCUGCAGCAUGCAGUGAUCACUCAGCAAGAGGAUAAUGAGCGGGAAUUCAUCUGCCAAGUAACCCUGACCAUUGAUGGGCACACCAAGGAAAGAAGCAUGUCUCAAAAACUUACCGUCUUCUAUGGCCCCCAAAUGGACGAUUUCAGCUGUCCCCAGACAUGGACUUGGAAGGCAGGAAGUACGAUGACACUUACUUGCUCAGCCUUGGGAAACCCCCCACCAACUGUUCAGUGCUGGAAAGAUGGGAGACCUUACAACAUUGGGAAACCACAGCUGAUCCAGAUAGAGCAUGAUGGCAUAUAUCAAUGCAAUGCUACUAACCAGUAUGGCUUUGAUGUUAGAGAUGUGACCGUACACGUUGAACCUCCUCAAUCCAUUGGCCAUAUCAUUGGCUAUAUACUUGCUGUGGCGCUGUUUAUUGCUCUUGUUGCUGGUGUAGUUUAUUGGAUAAGCUAUAAACAAAAGAUUGGGAUCUACCGACUGCGGCAGCAAGGGAAGCAACAGCAGUCACCAAAAGCUGCUGAAAACUCAGUGGAGCAAAAAUUCCUGAAUGGCAAGGCAAAUGUCUGAGCAGACCUGUGUUUACCACAAACUGAAGAACCACUUGUCCCCAUGCCAGCGAGCUUGUAGCUGUGUUCAGUGUUCAUCACUCUGCUUAGCUGCAGAGGAAGAGGAUGUUGAUUACACGCCAUCAAGUCAUUAUUUAUUUAUAUUUAUUUAUUUAAAACACAUGUAGCUGGCCAUCUUUCAAGCAACUCUGGGUGGCUCCCAAUCAAAUAUUAGGGACCACAUUGAUAGAUUUUCUCCAUGAUGUGGAAGAAGAGAUAUGGCAAACUGUUCUUCAGCUCCUGAGCAUUGGAUGGGCAAUGGUCCAACUGGCCUUUGUCUUGGGACUUUGGAAGGGUGAAUGAUGGUAACUUCUACACUUUCAGGGAGUGCCGGUGCUUAUUCCUCCUGCUUUUUUUCUGAAGAUCUCCUGUACCAUCUAAGUGGACUUUCAGAUUUUUCCUUGAAAAGGCAAUCAGGAACAAAAGGUGGUCUUAAAAGGCUUUGGGUUACCUCCAGGAGGAGGCAUUACUGGGAAACCACUCAGAACCACUAGGAAGAGGGUGUCUGCAACACACCAGCUUGGGCUUUUCCUGCAAUAAUGGACAACUCAGUUGUAGAGUUUAAAGCAUCUUCCAGAUUUCUCCUCCCGCUAUUAAAUUGAAAAUAAUACCAUAAUCAUAAGGGACAUAGUAAAAUUCUUUAGUCCUUUGUGCCCUCCGAGCUUGGAUAUUUUUUUACAGACAUUUCAUUACCCAACUGAGUACCAUCAUCAGUGCUAGAAGGGAGUGGAGUUUGCUCCCUGUUUAUAUAUGGGUGGCCUGCCUGUCAUAAUGAUGGGGGUGUUCUUGGUAGUUCCUUAAUUAGGCUGUUCUUUACUGUUUGUUUGUUUGUCUGUUUGUUUGGGUUAAUAGUUCCUUGACUGUGGUAUUGUUUACUGCUUGUUGGUUGGUCUGAUAUUAAUCCUGGUAUUAAGCACUGCUUAUCUGGGUUUUGGUUGCUGGUGAGGAGGACUUUUUUGCUUCCUGUUUAGCUUUUUAAUUGUCUCUUUUUAAAUGAAAUGUAGAUGUUAUUUUUCACUAUGUGUCCACUGAUGGUUGAUUUGUCUGAGUGCUAGACUUCCAGGAAUUCUCUAGCAUUUUUUGGACUUAGCUUGGUCUAGGAUACUCAUAGCUUCCCAGUGGAAACUAUGGGUAAGUCUGUCCAUAUGUUGUGCAAUUAAGGAGUUUUCAUUAUGUCUUCAGACUGCUAGUCGGCAUUCUCAAAAACUCCUUUCUGUUUUUGUAAAUUUGCACUUACAAAUUUUCAAAGCACAUGCCAAAAAGUUAGAGCCUUUUUCUAUUUUUAAAUACUAGUAAAUACUAGUAUGUGAAUUCAUGAUUAUCAAGAUGACACAUUCCAUAACUCUAAGUCAUAUUUCCAAAUGCUGGAAAGAAAUCCCUGAGGUACAAUGAAUUCAGGACUAGCCUCUCCCAGUGGUGGUUUCACAACUCAGCAGGUCUUCUAACCUUAUCAUGUAGUUCUUGGUUUUACACAUGUGUUUUAUUGUUGGGAGAAGAAAAUAAUGGUGUGGAAAAAAUAAAAAUGAUUAAAAAGCUAAAGAAUAA